UUUUGGCUUCUCCAGACUGCCUGUCGCCGCCAUUAGUGGUAUAAAUAAGGUAGGGAAACGGAGACGACGAUGGAAAAUGGACAGUAAAAUGGAUUAAAUGGUGAGAGAGAAGUACAAAUACAUCAAGAAAUGUACGAAAAAUUUCUGUAUUGUGGAUUUGGGCUUUUGGAAUAAACAGAGGAAGACAAGAGACCGGAAACCAUGUAAAUGAAGACGGGUCUGUGGAAAUUAACCAAAGCGUCAAGUAGGAUUUGGAAAAGCUCUAGGUCGGAGGCUGGGUUGUCGAGAGGUAGAAAGGAUACUUGUUGUUUGAGUGACAGCAAAAGGGCCAGUCGAGGAGAGUUCAAAGCAAGCAUGGUAGGGGAACUAAAAGAUGAUCAUGAGAAAAAUAUUUACUAGAGAAAUUAACUCCAUCAACCAAGACAGUAUUAAAGCAGGGCGUGUAGGCUUCGGUGACCAUUUGGCACUUUCUGUCUCAAGGAUUCUGAAAGGGUCUUUUGCAACAAUGUUAGUUCACCUCUGAUUUACACCUAUCUUAUCAGGUACUCGUUUUAGUAAACUGAGAUUUAUCUUUGUGCUACCCUACUAUCUUUAAACAUGGACAGCUGGAAGUUCUGCAAAGCCCUGUUUUGUGAAGUGCACUGAAGACCAAAUGCAUUGGCCUUUGGUCUCAACCUGUUGGUGUCUACCACAGUGACCAACGAUGACAGAACUUGGAAUUAAGUGGGCCUGUGAAUACUGCACGUAUGAAAACUGGCCUUCAGCUAUUAAAUGCACCAUGUGCCGUGCUCAGCGACCUACUACAACCAUUAUUACAGAAGACCCAUUUAAGAGCAGCUCAACUAUUGAUGGUAACAGAGAAUGGGAACCUUCAAGUACCGAAGGAGGGAGCAGUCUUUUAAUCUGUCCAGACUCUAGUGCUAGGCCUAGAGUUAAAACUUGCAUUACAACUGAAAGCACUAGUAAAUGGUCUUGCCAUAUGUGUACCUACCUGAACUGGCCCCGUGCAAUACGCUGUACUCAGUGCUUAUGUCAACGUCGUACCAGAAGUCCUACAGAGUCUCCUCAGUCAUCUGGUUCUGGUUUAAGACCUGUUCUGCCAGCUGUGGAUCCCUGUGAGGAAUAUAAUGAUCGGAAUAGAUUAAAUACCAGAGCACAACAUUGGACUUGCACAGUUUGUACAUAUGAGAACUGGCCAAAAACCAGGAAGUGUGUGGUCUGUGAUCACCCCAAGCCUAAUAACAUUGAAGCAAUAGAGCUAGCAGAGUCAGAGGACCCUUCUAUUAUAAAUGAACAGGACCGGUCAAGGUGGCGAGGUGGCUGCAGUAGUGGGCAAAGACGGUCCCCUCCUACUUCUAAACGGGAGUCUGAUGUGAAAAUGGAUUUUCAAAGAAUUGAGCUUGCCGCAGGAGCUGUUGGUAGUAAGGAGGAACUUGAGGUUGACUUUAAAAAAUUAAAGCAAAUCAAAAACAGGAUGAGGAAGACUGACUGGCUGUUUCUUAAUGCCUGUGCAGGUGUUGUUGAAGGAGACUUAGCCGCUGUGGAAGCAUACAAGUCUUCAGGUGGUGAUAUAGCAAGGCAACUAACAGCUGAUGAAGUACGGCUUUUAAAUCGCCCUUCUGCCUUUGAUGAUGGCUAUACUCUGGUACAUUUAGCUAUAAGAUUUCAAAGACAAGAUAUGCUUGCCAUUUUACUGACAGAGGUGUCACAGCAGUCUGCAAAAUGCAUCCCUGCAAUGGUGUGUCCUGAGCUGACUGAGCAAAUCCGUAGAGAAAUAGCAGCAUCACUUCAUCAACGCAAGGGAGACUUUGCAUCUUACUUUCUAACUGACCUUGUAACAUUUACAUUGCCUGCAGAUAUUGAGGAUCUUCCUCCAUCAGUUCAAGAGAAACUUUAUGAUGAUGUUUUGGACAGAGAUGUUCAGAAAGAACUGGAAGAGGAAUCUCCAAUUAUAAAUUGGUCUCUUGAACUGGGUACACGACUGGAUAGUAGGCUCUAUGCACUGUGGAAUCGUACAGCGGGUGACUGCCUUCUUGACUCUGUACUACAAGCCACAUGGGGAAUUUAUGAUAAAGACUCUGUUUUGAGGAAAGCUCUCCAUGAUAGUCUACAUGAUUGUUCACAUUGGUUCUAUACACGCUGGAAAGAGUGGGAAUCUUGGUACUCGCAAAGUUUUGGCUUGCAUUUCUCUUUGCGGGAAGAGCAGUGGCAGGAAGACUGGGCUUUUAUACUAUCUCUUGCUAGUCAGCCUGGUGCCAGUUUGGAGCAGACACACAUUUUUGUUCUUGCACAUAUUCUUCGUAGACCGAUUAUAGUUUAUGGAGUGAAGUAUUAUAAGAGUUUCCGUGGGGAGACCCUAGGAUAUACACGGUUUCAAGGUGUUUAUUUGCCAUUGCUCUGGGAACAAAGCUUUUGUUGGAAAAGUCCCAUUGCUCUGGGAUACACAAGGGGCCAUUUCUCUGCUCUAGUUGCAAUGGAGAAUGAUGGUUUCGACAACAGAGGCGCUGGCGCCAAUCUUAACACAGACGAUGAUGUCACUGUCACUUUCCUGCCUUUGGUAGAUAGUGAGAGAAAGCUACUUCAUAUUCACUUUCUAUCUGCUCAAGAGAUUGGAAAUGAAGAACAGCAGGAGAAGCUACUGCGAGAAUGGCUGGACUGCUGUGUCACUGAAGGUGGAGUUUUAGUUGCCAUGCAGAAGAGCUCACGGCGGCGGAAUCACCCUCUGGUUACACAGAUGGUAGAGAAAUGGCUGGAUCGUUAUCGACAGAUACGACCUUGUGCAUCGCUCUCUGAUGGAGAGGAAGAUGAAGAUGAUGAUGAUGAAUGAGGAAUUAAACAAUAUAGACAGAAUGCAUCACCUCCAGUUCCUCUGGUGUAAAGAUUCCUGUGGGGCUACAGCAACCAUGUGGCAAUUGGCCACUCAACAUCUAGCACUCGGAAUAAGAAACUUCUGUACUGGCGAUAUUGUAGGAAGAGAAAGUAGUGAAAACAAACUGACACAAUAGUACUUCCGUUACAGAGGAGAACUUUGGGGCUAGUAAAUGAAAGGAUUCUAGUUUACGAAGUUGUUAUCAAAGAUAUUAAGAAGGAAAUGGAGCUUUCUUUUCCAAGUGUAAAAUCACUAUCCAUAAAUGUACUGCAUGUGGUUGUAUAUGAAGUUGUGUAUUAGGAAAAAAAGAGUAUGUGUGUAUAUAUGUGUGUGUGUGUGUGUGUGUAUAUAUAUAUAUAUAU